GUGAGAGGCGAGCUGUGUAAAAACCACGUCCACAGCAGUUUAGCUGUGCAUUGAAUAGACUGCCCUCUGAUUUACCAAUGACCCGGUUGUGAUCACAACGCCGAAUGUGUCCUGCAAUCCAAGUGCUGGUUUGACAUCUGGGAAGAUCCCAAAAUGAAGCGAAAGCACCAACAAGCACCAAGGGGAGUCUGAGGGGGAGCUACAUCACUCAGAGGAUGACGCGAAUGUGGAAAGAGCUGCUGGCAGAAGUGGUAGAUGUGGGUUCAGCUGUGACAUUCCAGAAUUAUAUGGCCAAGGCAUUGUAUGACAAUGCACCUGAAUCUCCAGAGGAACUAUCUUUCCGCAAGGGUGAUAUAUUGACAGUGAUUGAACAGAAUACUGGUGGGUUAGAAGGAUGGUGGCUUUGUUCAUUGCAUGGACGACAAGGCAUCGCUCCUGGCAACCGGCUCAAGCUCCUAGUUGGACCUGUUUAUGAGAGCACUCAAAGUGAGCCAUCUGCUGUGGAAACACAAGGUGCAUAUCAGGUACCCACCAGCCUGCAAGACUCUUCUGGCUUUGGAAGCCCUUUCAGAGAUCCUAUUUAUCAAGUGCCCCCUUCUCAUGCUAGUCAGAGCAUAUACCAGGUGCCUCCCACUGCUUCAGGCUAUGCAGCACAAGGACAUGAGACUUAUCAGGUGCCACCAUCUAUACAGAGGAGUGCCUGGGGGGCUGAGGGUGCCCCUCCUAUAAGUAAGGUUAUGACUCCAGUCAGAUGUGGACAAGGUUACGUUUAUGAUUCUCCAUUGAGGCAUCAAAAGGUUUAUGAUAUCCCAGCGGUCCGUCAAGGGCUGUAUGAUAUCCCUCCUUCAGUGCUAAAAGGACCCAUGCCUCAGAUGCAGUCUGAAGACUUCAGAGCCAGAGGGUUGUAUGCUAUACCGCCUAGUUUAGGGAAGGAAAAUCAAAGUGUGUAUGAUAUUCCACCAUCUUCCUGCAAGGACACAUUUGGCAGUCAUGACAGAGAAGCUACAUAUGACUUCCCACCACCAAUGAGGCACUGUACAGAUUCUCUACUUGGUCACAAGUCUGAGGGAUUAUAUGAUAUCCCUCCAACUACUGUAAAGCCAUCUUUAAAACUGCAAACAGUCCUUCCAGGAACUGGGAUCAGUUCUCUAAAACAGUCUAUUUAUGAUGUCCCACCAACGGUGGUUAAUUCAGAGUUGGUUUCAAAAAGAUUAUGCGUUUAUGAUAUUCCACCAACAAAUCAGCAAAGCUCGCAGAAGGACACCUACGAUAUCCCCCGAGGUAUGCAAGACUUUGAUCGGUCUGCCCCAGUGGUGGAGAGCGUAGUCUAUGACAUUCCCCCGCAGGUGUCACAAGAUGUUAAGGUGGUACAGGAUGUGACUGAUGGAAUAAACCGUUUGUCAUUCUCUAGCACGGGGAGUACACGCAGUAACAUGUCUACAUCUUCAACCACGUCCAAGGAGUCCUCCAUCUCAGCUUCGCCACUUCCAGAGAAGAAGGUAGUUCUGGACCCAGACUCUGCCUUUGAGAGACUGACCCAGCUGCAACAUAGUGUCGACACAUCAAUAAAGGGACUACUGACUUUUGUUGUUUCGGACUGGCGAUCUUAUGAACUAAUGGGAAAAAACCUCAACGAAAUUCAUGCCAGUGUUGACAAGGUCAAACAUUCACUUUUCGGCUUUCUUGGGUUUGUGCAAGGAGCCAUUGCAAAUGCAUCACGUUUACCAGAUAAUAGUCUUCACAACAAGUUGAGAAAGCAAUUACAACGCCUGGAUGAUUCCUAUCAGAUUCUCGUCCAGACCAGCCAGGCACUGGAUAACAACAACUGGUCCUUGAACAUCUUGGUGGUAAACAGGUCUCACAACAAAUGUGAUGACCUAGAUCGUUUCAUCAUGGUGACAAAGAUGGUUCCUGAUGAUGUUAAGCAGCUAGCAUCCUCAAUAAGCACAAAUACAGAACUCUUAUUCAAACAAGGAGUUGGCAUUACUAACCUGGAGACUGUUCAUGAAAUAAACCAGGUGACUGUUGAUGAAAAAGGUACAGCACCCUGCAAUCAGCCCCUCUCACAAGCAGAGAAGACGUUGAUUCAGAUACAGCCAUUGCACAGCCCACCACAGUUGGAUCACCAGGACCACAUUAAAAAUAAGGAGUCAUUAGAUAAGAGUUGGAUGGAAGACUAUGAUUACGUCCACUUACAGGGGAAAGAUGAAUUUGAGCGGCAGCAAAGAGAGCUUCUGGAAAAAGAAAAUAUAAUCAAACAGAAUAAAGUGCAUCUGGAACAACAUCAGUUAAGUCAGUUCCAAGAAUUGGAAAAGGAAGUCACAAAACCCGUGGAAAAUGAUCUUUCGAAAUGGAAAGCACCACAGCACAUUCCCCAGAAGAACAGCACUCUCUGCUCUCAGGACAAACAGCUGCUUUUCUUCUACUCUGAACAAUGUGAGACUCAUUUUGUAACACUUCUGAACGCUAUCGAUGCCUUCUUCAGCUCCAUCAGUGGUGGGCAGCCACCGAGAAUCUUUGUGGCCCACAGCAAAUUCAUCAUACUUAGUGCCCACAAACUUGUCUUUAUAGGGGACACAUUAUCACGGCAGGCAAUGGCACAAGAUAUUCGGAAUAAGGUACUAAACUAUAGUAACCUGCUUUGUGAACUUCUUAAGAGGAUUGUCAUGGCAACCAAGACAGCUGCUUUGCAAUAUCCCAGCACAGCAGCAGUGCAGGAAAUGGUGGACAAGGUUACAGAACUAUCUUAUCACUCUCACCAGUUUAAAGUCCUGUUGCAGCAUUUGGCAUCUUUAUGAAGGGACAUUGUUUUUCUGCUGCCAAAUUCUGAUUAAUAAAAGCUAUUCCUUAAUAAAAAAAAAUGUAUUUUAAGAAUGUGGUCACAGUGCACUCGGUCUUUGUGCAGAAUGUUUUUAUAUGACUGUUUUUUAUCAUAUUUUCAUGCGUAAAAUUUCACUGAAAGGAAUUUUCAUUUUUUAAAUGCUAGUCACAUACAAUACUAAAUUAUCUAGAUUUUAAUGUUAUCUAAAUUGCUCUGAAUUGUCUCUGCAUCUAGUAUAAUCACAUUUUAAGAUAUAAACUUGUUUUGUACUGAUUUACAGGUUCUUACCACCACAAUACAGUUAUGUGUCACCAUUUUAGCAGCUUUAUAUUUCAACAUUCCAUAUUACUCAUAUGGUGGUUUGUCCUCCUUUAAUUUGUGACCGAUGGCUGACUAAUUCCUAAAGCAUAACAUCUACAGUAUAUUUGUUAGGUUCAAAAACUUUGUGAUGUUUGUGUAAAAAGGGACAUAAUUAUAUAUUGAUGUGCUUCCAUCUGCAAUGUAAAGAGCUAGACUCAGAAUCCUGCUUCAAUAGACUGAGAUAACAUUACCAUUAUAGAAUUCAACAAUCAUAUAAUAGUUAUACAUAUCUUAAUCUAAAGAUAAUUGACUGACGAAUAAACUCCUCUUGGGCUUCCAGGGGGUACAAGUAUUGAUUAUAACCGAUGUUUCAUCAUGCAUCAUCCCUGAUGAAGAUGGCAGUUUGUCAUAAAAAUGUUGUUUAUAAUUGAUACCUGUCCCUGGCUGAAAGCCUGAAGAAUUUAUUCAUCAAAUACGCCGGGAAAGCACUAGAUCCUUUUUCAUAAUUGACUUAUUCUGCCCAAACAACUGUCUUCCAUGUCCCUGAUAAUUUCUUGUCAUUAUCCUCUGAAGGUGGAUGCAACCUGUCGUUCAUAAUUGCCCCAAAUUCCUUAAACCACCACCAUCCAGAUGGUGAAGUUAUAAUGCUAUCGAAUAACAAGUGCCAGGAUUUUGAGCCUGUGGAAACAAAAGAAUGCCCAUGCACCUAAUAGCAACAAUAAUCUAUUUUGUCAAUAAAUUGUGUCACGUUUUUGCAUCAAGUUGCAUUAUGUAUUGUGCAGGAUAUGUGUUUAGCUGACUAGGUGUUGAAGAAAUCAUGUCAAGAUCUACGUAUGUGCCAUUUAAAGCAUUUAUUAAAGAUUUGUAGAAUCAUGUGAUUUAUUCAUAACAGGUUGCAUUGCUAGCUGAUUUAUAUUUUUAUGUGCCUUAUGUUUGAGUGGUUGCAGAAGAACGUAAAGUUUAGAGUUUUUGUAAUCUGUGCCUAACAUUACAGAACUGGAAAUUUACUUCAAUUAAAUUGUUCUGACUGAUAUGCAGAGUAUUGUGUUACAUUAUUAUAUUUAAUCUUAAUUAAAUAUAUUUAAACACAUUGAAAACUGAGAAAUGUUUUAAGAAAUUAACUUUGCUUUUAUCAAAUAUGAUACACUAUCAGACCAAAAAUA